CACACCGAGGUCACAGUUCAGGAGAAAAUGAAGUGACGCAACUACAUAGCAAGCUGCCGGUAGCCGUGGAUUUUAUCCCUGGAGGGAGAAGUUGUCUUUGUCAACCCACAAGUCCCGAGACAAUGAAUUGUUUAGACACAUAAUCACUGAAUGUUUGUGCCGACGAUGCUGUGUUCGGGUGUAAAUGCGGUGAGGUCGUCGGUGUCCAUACAAAAGCUGUGCAUCUUCUCCUUGCUACACACGAGGAGAUGCCGUGGCCGUCAGCAGUUGUGGAGUAGAAGUCUGCACAGCGGGACUGUUCGCAGCCUGUCUGCUGGACCACAUUCACCUGCCCCUCCGGCACUAACGGACUCAUCUGAGUGCACCAACGCAGAGCCCAGUCGCAGCACCUCUGCUUGGUCCCCCGAGCAGGGUCCACCACCCGCUCCCACACACUGUUGCAUGAGCGGCUGUCAUAACUGCGUGUGGAUCGAACAUGCAGAGCAGCUGUUGGAGUACUAUCACGAUGGAGGCGACCGCGCGCUCGCCGCUAUCGAGGAAAACGUCCUCGACGAGAACCUUAAAACCUACCUAAAGAUGGAGAUUAGGCUCCUGAAGAAGACAUGAUUGAUAUGUUGACAUGUUUAUGAGUAUUUUUAUGUAAAAACAUGUCACUGACUGAGUUUAAAGGUGCAUGUAAGAUUUGGCCAGAAUUUUAGUGUAAAAUAUUCAAAAAUUAACAAAAAAUAUCAACAGAAUGUGAAGAAAUAAGAGUUUUGAUGUUUUGUCAAAGACGUCUGUGUAUUGUGUUGCAGAGAUAUCUACUGAAGUUAGCGUACUAACCAGCUAGCCCGGCCCAUCCGGUCUCGUAAUACCACUUUGUACCUUAAGAGGUGAUAGUGAGUCACUGUUGCGUCCUCAGUCCAACAUGAGAGGAAGAAGAAGUAGCGCUGCCCCGAGCCAUCACGGCAGCAAUGGUACUGCUGCAAGUUUUGCUGCAGGACUGUUAAUAUGUCACUUUAUUAAGUUUCAGUAUUUUUUCCAGGCAAGAAAGUAAGAAAGUUUAGAUUCCUGGUAUGUGGUCAGCUCAUCCAAAUGACACCUAUUUGGAAAUUUGCUCUUGACGAUUUUGGAGAUGCCGCUGCUGCAGCUGCUGGCCGGGUGAGACAGCUGAUCAUCUCAACUACAUGACCCAGUGAACUGAUCUGUGCUGCACUUUGGUAAUUGAAGGCUGGCUCUGAUGUCUCUGUGAUGAUAUGCUGCCUCCUAUUUGUUUGGGGGUAAAUGGCCAAUCUUACAUAUUGCACCUUUAAGCACUUUAUAACACACUCCGCUCACCCAUUUCACCUCCACGUUUUCACUCCCUCCUCCUCUUAGGUCACACUGUUCACAUGUCAAGUAAAAUUAGCUGGAAAUUUUUUAAUCUAUCAGCCACAUGAUAUAAAAAUCACCACGUUCCCAGUUCUCAGCAAUUAAUGUGUAGUAAAAUGAUAUUGUUACUGAUAGAUAUGAUGUCCAGAACUGUGAAAUUAAGACCUACAGUAUGUUUGAAACUUGAAUUAUCCUUUUGUUUUCCGCUCAGAACAAAACCAACAAGCCCAACCUGUUACAUCUAAGUAAUACUUGAAUUGUUUGUAGGGCUGCAACUAACGAUUAUUGUCGUUAUCAAUUAAUCCUCUGACAUUUUGUUUAAGAGACGCAGUAAAUCCUCAUAUUUGAUGUGCUGGAACCACCUAUCUUUUGCAUUUCUGCUUGAGAAAUGACUGAAAAGAUUAAUGGAUUAUCAAAAUAGUUGUUGAUUAAUUUUCCUUUGACUGAAUAAUUGAUAAUUGACUAGUUGUUGCAGCCCUAGAUUACUGUCAGAUUGAUCCUUGCUGUAGUUUUGAAGGUGCAUUUGUUGAUGUGUGCAUUAUAAUAUUCCUACAGAGAAGUGGCAUCAGAUAUUACUAUAUAUAUAUAUAGUCAAUAUAAGACAAUUCCUUACUUAAGGUCUCACUUUUUACAGUUUGAUUCAGUGAUCUGUAUAAUUUAUAUACAUAAUUGAUUCAUUGUCAUGUUCUUUUAGUCAUGAAGGUGAUUUGCACAAUUUUUUAUCAAUCAGUUUGAAGCUUGAAGUGCUUAAAGUAUAUUUUUAUGUCUUUACUUUUAUUUGCUUCGUUAUAUUUAAGAGUUUAUUUAAAUUGUUUAGUUUAAGUUUAUUUUUAAGAGCUGUUUGUUAAAUAAAUGUUCAGUCUCGAAUGACAUGAACAAACAGC